CAAAGACCCGUAACGUCGCAAUUUGUUUUUAUUGCUGAAGGACUCUUUGAUUCCAUCUCGGUAACUUUUACAAAGGUAUAUGUUCUAUAAAGAGGAUUCGUUACCAGAGAUAAGUUUAAGUGUUGACAAUGAGCGAAAAAAUUUCUGAGAAAAGCAUACAUCUAUGGUUAGUUAGCAGAAAUGGAAUGCAGAUUGUUCUCAAACAUUUCUAAUGAGAACAAACUGAUCUGCACAAGUUGUUCCUCAAUAAUAUGAACGGUUAGUGAAUUAGGUUAAAAAUGAUUUGGAGUAAAACUUGACGUGUAACUGUAUACAUUAAUUCGUAACAGAUCGUUGAUACUAACCUCAGUGCAUCGUUCUCCCUGUAUCCCGCUCCAAUUUUGUAACAUCUCACAGUUUUUGUGGACACCAUUAGUGAGUCGAGCCUUCAAAUCAUCUGCCUUAAACAUGGGUGUUCAUCAAUUGAGCAAGGUGAUCGGUGAUAAUGCACAAAAAGCUGUCAAAAGUUGUGAAAUUAAAUCCUAUUUCGGAAGGAAAGUAGCAAUUGACGCUUCAAUGUCAAUUUAUCAGUUUCUUAUCGCUGUUAGACAAGAAGGGAAUACUCUAAUGAAUGCAGAAGGCGAAUCGACUAGUCACUUGAUGGGCAUGUUUUAUCGAACAAUAAGAAUGAUAGAAAAUGGAAUCAAGCCUGUAUAUGUUUUUGAAGGAAAACCACCCUCUAUGAAGGCUGGUGAAUUGGCGAAACGCGCUGACAGACGUAAUGAGUCAACUAAAGAAUUGGCAAAAGCAGAAGCUGAAGAAAAUUUAGAAGCUAUCGAAAAAUUCUCCAAGCGUUUAGUCAAGGUUACUCCAGCUCAUAACGAAGAUUGUAAGCAGCUUCUUACUUUGAUGGGUGUUCCAUUUGUUAAUGCACCUGGAGAGGCAGAAGCGCAAUGUGCAGUAUUGGCAAAGUCGGGAAAAGUUUAUGCUGUGGGGACUGAAGAUAUGGAUGCAUUAGCAUUUGGUACUCCAGUUUUACUACGACAUUUGACAUUCAGUGAAGCCAGAAAAAUGGCCAUUCAAGAAUUUAACUUGGCAUCAGUUCUCGAAGGUCUUGGUUUAACUAUGGAUCAGUUCAUAGAUUUGUGCAUAUUACUCGGUUGUGACUACGUUGAUACAAUACGGGGAAUCGGUCCUAAAAAAGCGUUAGAUUUGCUGCACAAGUACCAGUCGAUUGAUUGCGUUUUAAAGAAUCUUGAUAAAUCUAAGUAUCUUGUCCCAGAUGAUUGGCCAUACGAAGAUGCGAAAAAGCUUUUCUUGAAUCCCGAGGUGACUGACCCUUCAUCAAUUGAAUUUCUCUUAUAUUCUUAUCGAAUAGUUGGAUAUGUCGAUUUUAUUGA